CUAUACGUUUUUGUCUGCACUGCCGAUCCGCCGCCCUUCCGCCACCAUUCUACGGAGUAUCUGAUAUCUCGCUGAAGCAACAAUGUCGGCAAGGGUAUUGACGGUGGCGUUGGACGGGAGCGGAGACUUUCUCACGGUGCAGGACGCUAUAGACGUUGUUCCACUAGGAAACUCGUGCCGCUGCGUGAUUCGGGUGGCUCCGGGCAUCUACAGGCAGCCUGUUUACAUCCCCAAGACCAAAAACCUAAUAACCAUAGCUGGUCUCCGGCCAGAAGACACUGUUCUGAGCUGGAAUAACACAGCCGCCAACAUCGAUCACCACCAGCCGUCAAGGGUAAUUGGAACUGGCACAUUUGGGUGUGGGAGCACAAUAGUAGAAGGAGAAGAUUUUAUUGCUGAGAAUAUCACAUUUGAAAACUUUGCUCCUGAGGGAUCAGGGCAAGCAGUGGCAAUCAGAGUGACUGCAGAUAGAUGUGCUUUUUAUAAUUGCAGAUUUCUUGGGUGGCAGGACACUUUGUAUCUACACUAUGGGAAACAAUAUCUGAAAGAUUGCUACAUUGAAGGAAGUGUGGACUUUAUAUUUGGUAAUAGCACUGCUUUAUUGGAGCAUUGUCAUAUCCAUUGCAAAUCAGCUGGUUUUAUUACUGCACAGAGUAGAAAAUCUUCUCAAGAGACAACUGGCUACGUGUUCUUAAGGUAAGGCGUAUCCAACUGGACCUAGAUCUGCUUGUAUGUGAGCCAAUGAGGGAGAUGAGUCAAAUGACUAUGUUAGCUCAUAUGGGAGAGACAACCUUUUGCCAUUUAUUUUUACUUGAGGUGGAUCUAAACUCAUAGCGGGCUGCUUGCCUAAAUCUGGCCUCAUUUGUUUAGUGGAGUCAAUCCCUAAUCAGAACAAGAAAAAUAAAAACGGAUCUGAAGAAGAAGACUAACAUGCAGCUGUAGAAGGGGGAGACACAUGACUGUUUUAAGCUUCCAUAAGGUUAUAAUGUAUGGUAAUUGAUUUGUAUAUUACUCAUUCUUUAGUAAGUUACUAUUAUUAAAUAGUAUCUCUUCUUUUUCUAUGACCAAAUGAGUAUUACUUUGAGAAUAAAAACAUGGUAACCAU